GACUUCAGCAUGACUAUGUCUCAGUUGCUGGAUUAUGCGGCAAUUUUCUUUUUCUGUGUCUUAAAAGCCAGCUCUCUGGAUACGUUUACGGCAGCUGUUUAUGAGCAUGCAGUGAUAUUGACUAAUGCCACCCUGAUACCGGUGUCCCAUGAAGAGGCCUUGCUAUUAAUGAACAAAAAUCUGGAUCUUUUGGAGGGAGCAAUCACAUCAGCAUCAAAGCAGGGUGCACAUAUUAUUGUGACUCCAGAAGAUGGUAUUUACGGCUUUAACUUCAACAGGGAAUCUAUCUACCCAUACUUGGAGGAUAUCCCGGACCCUCAAGUGAACUGGAUCCCUUGUAAUAAUCCCGACAGAUUUGGCCACACCCCAGUGCAAGAAAGGCUCAGCUGUCUGGCCAAGGACAACACCAUCUACGUCGUGGCAAACAUUGGGGACAAGAAGCCAUGCAAUGCCAGUGACCCUCACUGUCCCCCUGAUGGUCGUUACCAAUACAACACUGAUGUGGUGUUUGAUUCUGAGGGGAAACUGGUGGCCCGCUACCAUAAGCAAAAUCUUUUCUUGGGUGAAGAUCAGUUCAAUGCACCCAAGGAACCUGAGGUCGUGACUUUCAACACCACGUUUGGAAAGUUUGGCAUUUUCACGUGCUUUGAUAUUCUCUUCCAUGAGCCUGCUGUGACUCUGGUGAAAGAUUUCCACGUGGACACCAUACUCUUCCCGACAGCUUGGAUGAAUGUUUUGCCACAUUUGUCAGCUAUUGAAUUCCACUCAGCUUGGGCUAUGGGCAUGGGAGUCAACUUCCUUGCAUCCAAUCUACAUUACCCCUCAAAGAAAAUGACAGGAAGUGGCAUCUACGCACCUGAUUCUCCAAGAGCAUUUCAUUAUGAUAUGAAGACAGAGGAGGGAAAACUCCUCCUCUCACAACUAGCCUCCCACCCACACCCCACAGCACUAGUGAAUUGGACUUCUUAUGCGAGUGGUAUAGAAGCCCCCUCAAUGGGAAACCAGGAAUUUAAGGGCAUCAUCUUUUUUGAUGAGUUCACCUUCUUGGAGCUCAAAGAAGUCACAGGAAAUUACACAGUUUGUCAGAAAGAUCUCUGCUGUCAUCUAAGUUACAAGAUGUCUGAGAAGAGAUCAGAUGAAGUUUAUGUACUAGGGGCAUUUGAUGGACUACAUACUGUGGAAGGGAGCUAUUAUUUACAGAUUUGUACUCUGUUGAAGUGUAAAACAAUGGACUUACACACUUGUGGUGAUUCAGUUGAAACCGCUUCCACCAGGUUUGAAAUGUUCUCCCUCAGUGGCACUUUUGAAACCCAGUAUGUCUUCCCUGAGGUGUUGCUGAGUGAAAUUCAGCUUGCACCUGGAGAAUUUCAGGUGUCAAGUGAUGGAUGCUUGUGCAGCCAGAAGCCACCAUCUGGACCUAUCUUGACAGUAACUCUGUUUGGAAGGUUAUAUGAGAAGGAUAGUGCACCAAAUGCUUUCUCAGACCUCAUGGCACAGGCACUGAGAUGAAUCCAAAGACAGCAGCAUGGAAAAGUAAAUAAGGUCUAACGUGAAACAACACUGAAUGGGAGGGAGGAAAGAGAAUAGCAGGGGAGGAAAACCGUCAGAGUUCUCCAUAAUCUAAUAAAAAUAUGGUACUUU